AUGUCAGAUGAAGAUAGCGUCACCGGUCAUGGAAUUUACCUUUCCAGCAAUUUUGAGAUAGAAGAGAAGAUCACACCAGAGCAACCCCAACGCGAGACUCAAUAUCGAACUUACGUUUUAUCCAUACCCUGUAGCGGAGCCGAUCGUGAUAGAUGUUUUACUUAUGAAAUUCGUGCUACUGGCUUUAGCGGAAAAAAUCUCAAGCUUAUCCCGAAAAACAUUUAUCAUUUGCGUGGAGCUUUCUUUCCGCGUAACUUAUUGGAUACGAGCGGUGAUCAAUUAUUCUUUGAAGCGUCUGAUCGUGGAGUUAUUACCAACGGCAAAAGUUUUCCCUACAGCCUGAUUGAUAAUGUUGGUAUCACUGGAUUGGGACGCAUUUCAAAGAUCACCACGACUGUUGAAACUUCCAUCCAACACAUGAUACCGAAGAACCCCAACAAAGACAAAGUGACCACCAUUGUCACAGUUGAACAUUCAGACUAUCAUCCUGAAUCCAAAUCGGCCAAGGUAGUAAAAGAGGGUCGUGAAUGUCUUUUCCACGGAUACAUUAAGGACCUCAACGAAAUAACAAACUGCUACGUAGUCAUUGUAAGCAGAGUAUCACCUACUUCUGGACAUGUCGAGCCGUCGGAAAUGACUACUGAACCUGGCAUCAAAGCACGCCCUGCCGAUACCAAAGGCAAUCAAAACCCUAACAAACCGGUUAAUAUUCCAUUUGGUCCCUCUGAUUUCGCCGAGACUUCAUUCUCAUCUGCAUCGAGCCGAUCUCAGACUUCUUCAUCCAAAGAUAAAGUUCAGGAUGAAGAUAUUGAGGAAGAAUACUCAGUCCCAGCAAAGAAAACCAAAACUAGAGCUCCACCAAAACCGACUGGCGCUCCUGCCAGUCAACCGGCCAAACGACCUCGCGCUCCCCGGGCUCGCAGAGGUGCUGGACCAGAAAAAGUGCUCGACAUAGCAUUGGAUGAUUAA